AUGAAUUCUCCACAAUCAACAGAGGCCAGACGCCCUUCCGCUAGUCUCCAAAAACCAUUGAAGACUGGGAACUGGCUACCUUCAGAAGAUGAGCGACUACGUAAAGGUGUGGCCAAGCAUGAUGAAGUUGGCAAUCGAAAUGGAGAUCAAUGUGCCAAACGAUGGAAAGAAAAGAUGAAUCCUGAGCUUGACCGUAGUCGGUGGACAUCGGAAGAGAUAAGUGAGCAUUUUGGAAUGCCAGGGAGUUGA